GAACCCCACAGACACGCAGCCAAGAAAACGAAAGCGUAUAAGCAAGCACAAGCAAAGCAAGAAAAUACUUGGCACUCAACACUCGCGUUUCGUUAAUUAAUUAAUUAAAAUUAAAUAAAAAUAAACUAAAGAGAACGAACGAACGAACGAAUAACCGACACUGAAACAAACUGAAAGAAAUUGAAUCGCAACAGAAUGAGUUCAGGAAGCAGCAAAGACAAAGAGAAGGCGAGAGUGAGCCGCACGUCACUCAUAUUAUGGCACGCUCACCAAAACGACGCCGCUGCGGUUAGGAAGCUUCUUCAAGAAGAUCCUUCUCUUGUCAAUGCUACAGAUUACGAUAACCGCACUCCUCUUCACGUCGCUUCCCUCCACGGUUGGAUCGAUGUCGCUAAAUGCUUAAUUGAAUUCGGUGCCGAUGUCAACGCUCAAGAUCGUUGGAAAAACACCCCUUUGGCUGAUGCAGAAGGAUCUAAAAGGACUAAUAUAAUCGAGCUUUUGAAAUCACAUGGAGGAUUGUCUUAUGGCCAAACUGGAAGCCAUUUUGAAACCAGGGUGGUUCCGCCACCUUUGCCUAACAAGUGUGACUGGGAAGUUGAUCCCUCUGAGCUUGACUUCUCAAGUGCUGCGCGUAUCGGAAAGGGAUCUUUCGGUGAGAUUUUGAAAGCCCAUUGGCGUGGAACGCCAGUUGCUGUCAAGCGCAUUCUUCCAUCUCUUUCAGAAGAUAGAAUGGUGAUUCAGGACUUUAGGCAUGAGGUCAAUUUAUUGGUGAAGCUUCGACACCCCAAUAUAGUUCAGUUUCUUGGAGCCGUUACCGACAGGAAGCCCCUCAUGUUAAUUACUGAGUAUCUAAGAGGGGGUGAUCUUCACCAGUACCUCAAAGAUAAAGGUUCGCUUAGCCCUUCAACAGCUAUCAACUUUUCCAUGGAUAUUGCCAGAGGAAUGGCCUAUCUUCACAAUGAACCAAAUGUUAUAAUUCAUAGAGACCUAAAGCCAAGGAAUGUUCUUUUAGUCAACUCUAGUGCUGACCAUUUAAAAGUUGGAGAUUUUGGAUUAAGUAAGCUUAUCACUGUCCAGAGUUCUCAUGAUGUAUACAAGAUGACCGGUGAAACUGGGAGCUAUCGCUAUAUGGCUCCGGAAGUUUUCAAACAUCGGAGGUAUGAGAAGAAGGUUGACGUGUACUCUUUUGCAAUGAUUUUGUAUGAGAUGCUUGAAGGUGAACCACCUUUUGCAAGUUAUGAACCUUAUGAUGGAGCAAAACAUGCAGCUGAAGGGCACAGGCCUGCUUUUCGAGCAAAAGGUUAUGUCCCUGAAUUGCAAGAGUUAACGCAGCAGUGUUGGGCUGCUGAUAUGAAUCAAAGACCUCAUUUUAUUGAGAUCCUUAAGCGACUUGAAAAGAUCAAGGAAAAUCUACCUUCAGAUCAUCACUGGCACUUGUUCACGUCAUAAAUGUUUAUGAGCAUUGAUUGAUAUGUUCAGAAAUUCAGAUGAUUUAUUUACCAUUGCUGCUGGUUUUAUGGAUUGAUAAAGCUUAACUGGAAAACCUGUGAAAUCAAUACUUGUUUACAAUUGUUUGGAUAGAUGACCAGAACAGUGGUUUCUUUGUUCCAAUGCAGCUUCCUCAUUAAAGCUCAUGUCCCGUCCAAGUGAGCAUACGAUGAUACCCAAGUCGUUGCACAAGUUUAAUAUGUUUUAAGUGUACAAACUAAUUGAAGUAGGCCAAUCGUACAGUCUGCCGUGUUGUGUUUUCAUAUUUUUGUUUAAAAAUUUAAUAAAAUUGAUUGUUUUUCAUUCUUGUAAUAUGUUUUUAGAUUCCAGUGAUAUAAUGCUAUCAAAUUCUCCGAGAUUGCCCUUCUCGUAGAAGUUUCUUU